UCACACCAUUGUGAACGCUAGUUACAACCCCGUCGAUAAGAUAUUGGUUUAAACAUAUUAUGUUCAUAGAAUUAAGGUCCGUGUCUACAAUGGUUCAUGUAAUUUGAUGGCUGGACAUGUUUAAAGCAGUAUGCAUAUCUGGGUUUCGAUAGCAGUUGUAACACUGUGGAUGUUUGAAGUGUCUUCAGUUUAUGGAGCCCUUACGGUUUCGUAUAAUGGAAGUAAUAAAGUGGGUUCUACAACAUACAGUCUGAAAUGUGAAAUUCCCGAAUUUUCUACUCAAGCGGUUUGGAGUAAAGAUGGAAAAGCUAUGUCAACGUGUUUUACAUCUGGCUGUUUGACUACAUCUUCUCCACCCUAUAGUUUUCGACACAGCACGUCUGCGAUAUAUGUAGAUUUCAGUGUUUUGACGGCAAAUGAAACUGACAUACAAUGGACUUGUGCACAUAUAGGAGACACAUCAGUCCAUUUUAAAGUUCAAGUUGAUUUGACUCCUGAAGAUGACAGAGGAGGGUUAUUAGUUGAUCGAAAAGAUGACAAGAGCGGAUUAUCGAGUGGAACAAAAGCUGGCAUCGUUGUGGGUUCCAUAGCUGGCAUUGGAUUGGUUUUGAUUGUUGUUAUAAUUGUCAUACGAAGAAAAGGAAAGGGUUCCCAAGACGAUGAAAACAAGCUAUCUAAAAGUGAAGAUGAAGACGAUAAACAAGAAAACAUGCACGUAUUGAAUUCAGAACAGGGAUCUGGAACUGAGAACAAUGGAUACAAUGCAAUUCCAAUUCAUUAAGAGUACCACGGCAUUUUACAACCAUUGUUAAGGAGUAGGAACAUUAUGACUCCUAUUAGGCUUACAAUAUAGUACAAAUGUAAAAGUCAACUCACAAGAUUCGAAACCUGAGACAACAAUAUGUAUUUACGAGAUUUUAAGCAAAAGGAGAGUUGCACUAUGUAGGUUUAGAAUAUUUUCCAAAUGUUUCUUGAUUUUAAUCAAUAUUUACGUAGAAAUUGAAAACUAAAGGUACAAACAAAACAACUUCAUAUUUUGUAAACAAAAAAAUUUAAAUCUUAUUAUAUUUUAUUGUUUUACGAAUGUUAGUCUUGUAUGUUUUUUUUAAUUUUUAGUUCCUUUAUAUGUUUUGGAGUUUAGUGUGACGUCCAUUUUCACGGAACCAGUACAUUAUUUUAUUUAGGGGCCAGCUGAGGACCACCUCCGGGUGCGGGAUUUUCUCGCUGCGUUGAAGACCCAUUGGUGGCCUUCGGUUGUUAUCUGCUCUUUGGUAGGAUUGUUGUCUCUUUGACAUAUUUCCCAUUUCCAUUCUCAAUUUUAUUUCGGUAUUUUCUCAAACCGAUAACUCAAGUAAACUCUUUAUCAUAAUUAGUUCUCUAAGUCUUUUUUUGUGAAACUUCAUUGUGACAAUAUAAAGUUAUAAGUAUGUCUGUUUCUAUUUCCUUAAUCCUUGCAUAUCCUUACAUAACUUUCUACGUGUACAUUCUGUGAUUUUUUUUUACAUUUUUUACACAUCUUCCAUAUGUUGGGACAGAAUGGUCCUAAAUUUUUUAAGAACCACUUAUUCGGGCAUGUCAGAAUGAAUAUACAAGAAAGUAGUUCAAAUAUUAAAGAAAAUGAUUCCUACACAUAGCUGUAAUUUUGUCAGUAAGUAAAAUAUUUUGGUCAUUUUGGUAUUACUAGAAAGCUUAAGGAUUCAAUCACUGUAGAAUCCUUGUUGAUAGUUUCUUUUGAAUAAUAGAUAAAAUCUAUGAAAUUAGAAUAGGAGGCCAUAUUUGCCGUGUGACCAAGUACAGAAGUACCUGUUUUGGUACUACUAAACUUUCGGGAACCAGUGCGCUUUAAAGGUGUGUUGAAUUUUGUAUCAAUCAAUUAUAAAUAUGCAAUACUUAAAGGUAAAAUGAACCUUGCAUGACCACAACGAUUAACACAAUUUUUACUUAUAUUUCUAUGUGUACGUAAAAGGUUAACCUGGAUUGGAUAUUUCAUUUCAUUAUAAUGUAUACUCUUUUUUCUUGUGAUUAUUUCUUUUAACCCAAUAUUGCAUAUAUUUUAUAUAUUAUUUUUCUAUAUUUAUUGCUUCACCAUUUUCAUAUUCAUGUACUGGCCCAUUGUUCCUACUCAUUAUAUUGUUAUAUUGUUCACACAGAUAGUAUAUAUAUAUAUUGAUUUAACCGAUCCAUGUUCUUAUUCUUGAAACAGAGCUUGUUAAAACCACUUCUAAACCUACUAAAGAAAAACACCAAAAAAAUGUUAUGUUAGGACCAGUUAUUGCACCAUUGUGUAAUUUUUUGUUGUUGUUGCUUACUUGCUGAAUAAAAGAACCAUUUCAAAACACUUAA